AUGGAUAAAGGUGCGAUUGGAUUUCCUGAGAUCGAGGAAAACCCAAAAUUUGAAAAUAAACAGAACCGACAGCCAGUAUUUUUGCCAUCGAUGUGCCCAACGAAUGAACUAUACUACCCUGGAGACCAGCAGUACGAUUGGAUUUGUGACUGCCGACCAGGUUAUUUAUAUCAUCCGGCUACAGAUGCUUGCUGGCUCGCUUACCAACGUGGACCUUGUCCUAAGGGCCAGUAUCUAGUCUUGCCGAAGACUUCAGUGAUUCCCGUUUGUGAAAUAAAUCCUUGCAUAGGUGACAAUCUAGUUAUGUGGCAUGAAAAAUGUGAGACUCUAGGUUCUUUUACUCCUUGUGGUAAAACAUACCCUGCCAGCGCUUUGUGGGUUAAUGCCACUACCAUAACAAUAGACUGUGUAAAAAUCUACAUGGAAAUUGAACCCAGAUUUUCGCAAGACAAUAUAGGAGAACAGGUUUUGUGUCCACCUGGAUGCAAGCGAAGUAUCAAAAGUCAAUGUGUGCCUGGUCCUAGAAGCUAA